UUUUAUUAUGAUAUCUCAGAUGAACUGUCAAGAAUUAAAUUAAGAAACCUCGAAAACUUCCUGUCUGAAAGUUGCCCUUUUUCCUCUCUUUUCUUGUCCGAAGCUUCCCCCAAAUUAUUUCUAGGUGAUUAUGCCGUUCAAGUCUCCGACACGUCGUGCUCGACGCAGUCGUCCAAUUCCUGCAUCUCGCCGGCGGUGUCGCCGUCGCCGUCGCCGCCGUCCGUACAGAAUUCGGUGACGUGUCUGUACAAGACGGUGGUGUCGUCGACGCAGGAGCAGCUGUUAAUUACCCUAACCUGGUGCAAGACCGCCGCCUUCCAGGGCCUCAACGUCGCCGUUGGCCGCGGCGGCGCCGCUCCCGUCGCCGCCGUCAAGCUCAGCACGAACUCCCGCCUAUUCCGGAAGCUGAAAGGCACCAAAUCUCUGCAACUCCAGGACCUGGAAAUCGAGCUUUUCUGGGAUCUCUCCACAGCCCGAUUCGAAUCAGGGCCCGAGCCCGUCGACGGCUAUUUUAUCUUAAUCACCAUUAAUUCCGAGCCCGCCCUACUCCUCGGCGGCGACGGCGACACAGCCCGCGAAUCCGCCGUUAAAAAGCUCAAACCCGCCGGCGCGGGAGCCGCCAAAUUCUCGCUAAUUUCCCGGCAGGAGCAGUUUUCCGGCAGCACACAGUACUCCACCAGAGCUCGAUUCUCCGACGCCGGAAAUUGCCACGACAUCGUAAUCCGCUGCGGCGGCGGCGGCGGUGGCGAUUCCGAUGGGGUAAAAUCGCCGGCGAUGUCUGUUUACAUCGAUAAAAAAACUGUGAUUCGUGUGAAAAGGCUGCAAUGGAAUUUCCGUGGCAAUCAGACAAUUUUCCUCGACGGAUUGCUCGUCGAUCUGUUGUGGGACGUCCACAAUUGGUUCUACAGUGACAAUAAUAACUGUAAUAAUUCGAAUAUUCCGGCGGCCGGAUGUGCAGUGUUCAUGUUCCGGACAAGGAGUGGAAUGGACAGCAGAUUGUGGCUAGAAGAAAAAAUGGCGAACAGAUCAGAUGAAGACGACGAGGGGAAAAUUGGGUUUUCACUGCUCAUCCUUGCCUGUAAGAACAUCAUCCCAACAAUGUAAGAACACUUUGGAUUCAGGUUACUUUUUUUUUUUUUUUUUGAAAUUGAAAUUGAAGAAUUGGCAAAAAGGGGGGAUGUGAAAAACUCGUAAGAAUGAUUAAUUUUCUUCAAAUUUGUGUUUUUCGGAGUUGUGAUUUUGUGCAAUUGUAGAUUGAAUUGGAGCAAAGAUUGGAUCUUUAAUUUUAAUUUUAAUUUUGCUGUAAUAAAAACUCAGAAUUGAUUGAAUUCAUCUAGACAUGGAUAUUUAAUUUGUUUAUUUAUUUAUUUAUGGGAAAUCUGAAAAGGAAUCUGUUGAAAUGAUGAUGAUGAUUAGGGAAUUUGAAAUGAAGAUUUUCAAAGAAGAUUGGAUUGGGUGUGUCCCAAUUUAAUUUUAUUUGGUUACUUUUUGGUGCUUUUUACAGCUUUCAAGAAAGGUUGUAAUAAACCCGAAAAAGGUU